CUUUGACUUUUUUUCAUUUUUAUUUUUAUUUUUAUUUUUUAAACUUAAACAGGAGGGUUAAGCAGAGCAUUUUAAAAUUUUAAUGUAUUUAUUUGUGACUCUGAAAUGAUUAUAAGUCUACAGUGAGUAUACAGUAUGAGUUAUUUGGAUGGCAUGUAAAAAUGUUGUUGAUCUCAGCCAAAUAAUUGAGACAUUAGUUUAGAAAGUUAGUUAGUUAGAAAGUGCAACUCAAUAUUCAGACAAUCAAAGCCACAAAAUGCCAAGUCAAGACAUCUAAAAAGCAAGACAUUUUUCUAAAUAAACUAAAGAUGUGCCUCUUUCACAUUCUAACAAAAGCCCCUGUGGAGACCAGAGACGCUCCUUUGCCAGUGUCGCCUUGGACGGUGGACAGACAACAGGGAUCUGAAAGAGAGAGACAACUGGAGGGACUGGUGUUCAUGUUACUCAACCACACGUCACACACUGACCUCAAAUCUCCUGUGAGCGAGUGCCCGCUCUGUGAAAAGUCUUUUUCAGAGUUCUUAAUAUCUGGGGGAGGCCUGCAGGCUCAUCUUCACAGCAGCCUCUCUGUCCCGUUAGCAAGUUCACCCGACAUGCCCCAUAUGCCAUUUGGCUUCAGAGGCAGCUAUGCUAGAGCUAAGGAGCGUAGCUUUGGCUGCAAAGUGUGUGGAAAGGUGUUCAAGCGCUCAUCCACCCUGUCCACACACCUCCUCAUCCACUCAGACACGCGGCCUUACCCCUGCCAGUACUGCGGCAAAAGGUUCCACCAGAAGUCAGACAUGAAGAAACACACCUUCAUACACACAGGUGAGAAACCACAUGUGUGCAAGGUGUGUGGUAAAGGAUUCAGCCAGAGCUCCAACCUCAUCACCCACAGCCGAAAGCACAGCAGCUACCGGCCGUUCAGCUGCCCCCGCUGUCAGCACAGCUUCCAGCGCAGAAUGGACCUACAGCGCCACCAAGAGACGCAAUGUAGCUAUGGAGACAUGUUCACUCAAAACUGAGCCCUGAAAGCAAUGACGUGGUGGAAAAACUGGGUGAAAUGGCAUUUGUACAUAAUUUACAGUCAGAGGAAUAUGCAUCAACUAAUAUCUUGCAUGUGUAGAGAUGGAAGGUCGUGAUUAAUUGUGUAAGAAUGUUAUUUCAUCAGCUAAAAGUUUGUGUGUUAGUGCAGGAGGAAUGCUGGAACCACCCUGACAAAAAACAACAACAUUAUGACACAUACGUAUUUUACGAAACACACAAAAAAUGAUAAUUUGGGUUAUUUUUCCCAGGAUGUGCCAGGCAACUGUUCCAAUAGGACCAUCAUCCAAAUUACGUUUUGUAAUUUUCAGGCAACAAUUUUCCUCAGAAAGUUGUAAUUAUAUUUUUUAUGUGCGUGUGUGUUCUUUCCCUUUUGUUGAAUGAAGCAGGCAGCAUUAAUACAAUGCAGCUGGGCUCCCAACAGAGAUGAAUGAUGAUGAUGAUGAUGCAUUCACAGGAUGUACUUGGCUCCUGCAGAAGGUCCAUUCUGAAAUUACUUUCUAAGUGUUAUGUGAAUUUGCAGUACCAUUUUCACAGCACAUCCAGUGCUUCUUAAAAUACUCACAAUUAAAGCUGCACUUUCAUGUUCACAAAGACCACAUGUAAUGAAAAGGGGUUGCUCAAAGUGAUGAAGGGGAUUAGCUCAAAACUCCCCGUAGCUCUACUGAGAAUUGUAUAAUCUUUCAGUGAACUGUUGUGAUUUUAUGGAUGUUGCAUGAAUGGCAACACCGACAGUCCUAAAAACACUUUGGGAGAUGCUCAAAUGCACAAAUACGCAUUCAUGGCUGCCUAGAACAAUUUGUUGAUGAAGACUGGAUUAAAAUACACACUUCAUCCUCUGGUCCCUGGGAUCUUUUGAUAGUAAAUAGUUGUUUACUGCUGUAUUAUUGUUCUGAAUGAAGUGUACAGCCCUUUUGAGUAGAAUAUUAAAGCAAUUUAU